UCUCUCUCUCUCUCUCUCUCAUGACACUCCACCAGAUGGCAAUGGUGUGAUUCUGUGGUAACCCCCAAAAGAGUUAUCCUUUUAUAGCCUUUCGGUGAUUGGUUUCAACUGUUUUCGUCUCUCUUUACUCUGCUUUUCCUUUACCCUUUCAUAAGCACAUUGUAAAGAAAAGGAUCUAGUGACUCCAAUCCAAUCCAUCCUCAAUGCUAAUCUUCCUCACCCUGCAUAAUUGUUCCUUCAAUUUUGGGAUAUGCACCUUACUCACACCCAACACAAAACACAACAAAAACGCUUAAAGCUGCCAUUUCUGACUUCUCAACCCCAUAAUUCCCCACAAACAGAGCACAAACACCUACUUCUCCCACAUCUUUCUCUCUCUGUCUCUUUCACUUCCUUUGACUCCUAACCCAUCACCAUUUCAACAAACCCAUCACUCCAACCUCAUACAUUUUGAAACUUUUCGCCGCUACCCUCAAAUCCAACAACAUUUUCAGACACACACUCUCUCUCUCUCUCUCUGUGCCUCUCUGUUUUCUAGAAACAGAGGAAACAGAGUAAAACAGAGGAAAACAGAGUUCCCCUGUUCUGAAAAAAAGCUAUGGCAGUAGAAGUGUGCACUGAGAUAUCCAGCACAGGAAUCAGCCCUCGCAUCUCAUUCUCACACGAUCUGAAGAACACAGAUGGUGCAGUCCCCGUUGAGGAUCGUCACCGUCGAUCAGAUUUGUGCCUCUUGGAUUCCAGUUCCAGUUCUGAUUUCGUUUUCUCCAUCACCAGUGGAUUAGCUCAAAAACUCUCUUCAGCUGAUGAACUCUUCUCCAAUGGCAAGAUUGUGCCAAUGGAAUUCAAGAGAGUAGUUUCCAAUGCUCCACGUAAACCCCAUCAACCUUCUUGUUCUCGCUCUCGCACUGCAAGCACUAGAUGUACGGAAACAAAGAGGCUCAAAGAGUUCUUGUCUGCAGACUCUGAUGAUGCAGAGAAUGAAGAUGAAAAGCCAUCAUCCAAGUAUUUCUGGCAAUUCAAGCGAAGUAGCAGUUUGAACUUCGAUCCGGGUCGUGGGAAUAGCUUCAUUCGCUCUCUGCAAUUCCUAUCAAGGAGCAACUCAACUGGUUCAGCACCAAAUCCAAAGGACACAGAGCUUCCAAGAGAAACCCAGAAGCAGAGGUUGCAGAAACAGUCCUCUGUUUCAAGCAGAAGGUCAUCAUCAUCCUCUUCAAGUUCAAGUGCAUAUUAUUUCUACAAUUCAUCUCAUAAGCCUUCAUUAAAGAAAAACUUUGGAUCUUCUUCUGGUAAUGGUGUUAGAAUUAGUCCUGUUUUGAAUCUACCACAAUCAUAUAUUCCCAAAGCUAGUGCAAGAUUCUUUGGAUUUGGUUCAUUGUUCUGCAAUGGAAAGAUUAAAAGAAAGAAGAAAUAAAAGUUUCAUUUUCAUUUUAUUCUUAAAAUUUCUCAUUCAUGGUCAAAUCUUGAUGGCAGAUGGGUUCAGCACCCUGUCUAUGUUUUUUGUUCAUGUACUAUCAUGUGAGCCUAACUGUUAAUUCAGGGGAAAUAAUAGGAACAAGGAGAUUAUAUUCUUAGAAAAUUAUUAUAGGGGGUGUGAAUUGUAAUUUAGGAAAAUGAAAACUACAGUUGAGAGAUGGAAAUGGACAAAAAUAAAUCAUGCAUAUCACUAUGUUUAGAGCCAAGGAGACAAAUAAACAAGGAAUCCUUCUUUGAUGGUCUCUCCCAUGCCCUUUUUUAAAAUUUUCUGUUGAUAAUUACAUGUGGCUACCUUUUGUACAUUUCAACACUGAUUGAAGACUUGUGUUAAGGGAUUCUAUUUUUCUUUUUGUAUGCUGAUAAAUAUUUAUAAACCAACUGUUCAAUGGGCCACCAUAA